AUGGCUCUCGAAGCGAUUUUGCGACCGGUUAUCAAGAAUUUUGAGGAAACAUGCAAGAAGGAAAAUGAAGACUUCCUUGCCUUCUACGUCAAGGAUGCUCUCAUGAUUGAUGUUUCGCGAAAGAGUAUUUGCAAGGGGCACGAUGAGAUCUUGAAGCAAUUCAAAGAGUGGUUCGAAAUGGGCAAGGAUUGGGUGACAGAGAACACCAAUGAGGAUUUCUCGGGAAGUGAGAAUUUCAUUCGAUACGCCUGUCGAUGCACUAUGAAGAAGGACGGUCAAGUCAUGGUGGCUUUUGAUGAAGUCCAGUACUGGCGCAAAUUUGGCGACAAGUAUCUGAUGGAACUGGAGCAAUACACUCUCGCCAAAAAU